CGCAUGGGCAGACAAACCUUACGUCCGUUUGUCCGGACCGGAGGGGCAGUGGGCGCCAUCUUCUUCUAGGCUCACUGAGGGCUCUACGUGUUCUGGGGAGGCUGCUGCGACGAGGAGUGCCCUCAGCCUCCGGCCUUGUGUGUCCGACUCGGCAGCAGUGCUUCCAUGUGGUGGUGUAUGUGCGCUUCCCAGGGAUCUUGAGAGUGAAGAUCUCGAAGGAUUUCAUAGGUAUUUUUUUUUCUUUGCUAUGUCAUCGUAGUUAGUAGUGGCAGAAAAGCGCUGCAGGCCCGGCUCGUUAGGCUUGAGAAGGGCAAGUGUUUUCAGUUAGAUUUGGGGGCAGUUCACCCUCUGGCGAGGUAGGGUGGAAUGUUUGCCCUUGAGACGGCGUAACGGAAAGGCACAGAGGUUGGGCGGUCCAGGUUAAUUUGAAGGCUGAUUUUGGCUGAAAGUCUGGCAACAACAUCGGAUCCCACGUAGCAACUUUGGCCUGGCGCGAAAGAAGGAAGCUCUGACCCCCGGGAGUUGUGGACAAAGGCUUUGGGCUGUAGAAUCGAUGCCUUCGGAUGAUUCCCGUUUGAGGAUGUUGGGAGAAAUCCUGUGCCGUGUGGAUUCGUCUUCAUUUACAGUUCUUCUUAGGGACUAUGGCUCUCACUGGUCAUUCCUUUGGUUUUUAUUUUAAACAUCUACAUUAUAAAAGGUGGAUCAUCAUAAAGAAUAAUUGUGGGUUGGUGUAGAUUAUUUUCUCCAGGGGAAACUCACGUUUAGAGUGCGAAUAUGCUACAUCAUGACUUUGGGCUUUACGAAUUAGUCGCAAAGAGUUAAAAAAAUUCUCUCUCUCACCAUAUCUGGAAAAUGACUUUUUCUUCGCUAGUUAAAAAUCAAAUGGAUCUAAUGAGAUAUUACUUAUUCAAAUUUUGCCUCCCUCCCGUUUCCCUCUCUGUAUCCCGUUAAAUCUUGAUUAGAAGAUACACAUUACAUAUUGUUUAGCUAUAAUGAUGAUUAAGUGGGAUGAAUCGUAUAAAAAUAGAAGUUAUUUAAAAUGCGCUUUUAAUUUAACUGACUUAAGUGACCUUUUAGGGACCCACUUUCUUCUUUUCAUAGAAAUUUUAACAGAUUAUUGUCUUCAAAUGAACACAAAGGCACGAAAAUACUUUUUGCAUUCAUAACUAGAAAAAUGCAAAAUUUUAAUUGCAGACUAGGGUAAUUUUCGUGUUUUGCUUUUGUGUAAUUUAGUGUGUUAAGAGCUGAAUUUCUGGAGAAUUUGCUUAAGGAAAUAGCAUGUUGGAACCACAGAAGUGCCCAUUUUGAGAGCUGGUCUUUUAUAGUUGGUCUCCAAGGUGUGAUACUGUGGAGGCAUAAAUGGUACAUUACCCUACUGUCUCAGGGGCAGAGAAGUUUAAGCAUUAGUUGUGUUUAACUGUGGCAAAUGAGAGUAGGCUUUUUAAAUAGUCUGCUUGAAUUGGAAUUCAUGAGAUUUGUGCUCAUGAAACUACUUAGUUAAAAGAUCUUACUAGAGAUUUUUUUGAAUUUGAGAUAUAAUUAUUCCUUGAAAUGUCUCUAAUUUCUCUUGUAGAUGAAUUUAUGUUCCCAGGGUAAAUCCCUUUAAAUUUUUUAAAAAAGCUUAGGAGAGACAAGAAUAUGUAUAUCUUACGGUGCUUUCUAAAACAUCUUAACAGUAAAAGAGUAGCUAAGCCAAUUUGCAUAGGAGGGAGUCUUGGGACUUUAAUAUGGAUAAGCAUUCCAGAAGCCAUUUAUAGUUUUUGUUGAAGUGUUUGUAUGGAUAUUGGUUUGUUGAAGAAAAUAGGCUUUUUUUGGGUUGUUACUGUGCGAAUACUUGAAUAGCAAACCUCAUUAAUAUUUUUCAGAUGUAGAAUGUGUGAAGUAAUUUGAUGUCUUUGCUAGUUUAGCUUCUAGUUAAUCUAUGGACCCUUUUUAAAGGAAAACAAACAGACCUCAGUGAAUGUAUCUUCAGACCCCCACUUUGGGGAACAGUGGUACUUAAGUUUAAGUUGCUUUUACAGAAUUAACAGGUCUCCAAGAAAUUGUAAAAAAGGUCAUUAUUGCUGUGGUUUGAACUCAGCAUGGCUGUAGUCAUCCGUUUACUGGGGCUUCCUUUUAUUGCGGGGCCUGUGGAUAUUCGUCACUUCUUCACGGGAUUGACUAUUCCUGAUGGAGGAGUGCAUAUAAUUGGAGGGGAAAUUGGGGAGGCUUUUAUUAUUUUUGCAACAGAUGAAGAUGCAAGACGUGCCAUAAGUCGUUCAGGAGGGUUUAUCAAGGAUUCAUCUGUAGAGCUCUUUCUUAGUAGCAAGGCAGAAAUGCAGAAGACUAUAGAAAUGAAAAGAACUGAUCGUGUAGGAAGAGGGCGUCCAGGAUCUGGGACUUCAGGGGUUGGCAGCCUGUCUAAUUUUAUUGAGUCUGUUAAGGAAGAAGCAAGUAAUUCUGGAUAUGGCUCUUCAAUUAAUCAAGAUGCUGGGUUUCAUACUAAUGGUACAGGACAUGGUAAUUUAAGGCCAAGAAAGACAAGGCCAUUGAAGGCCGAGAAUCCUUUCUUGUUUCUACGAGGUUUGCCUUACCUAGUAAAUGAAGAUGAUGUACGUGUCUUUUUCUCUGGUUUGUGCGUGGAUGGAGUAAUUUUCUUAAAACAUCAUGAUGGCCGAAAUAAUGGUGAUGCCAUAGUAAAAUUUGCUUCAUGUGUUGAUGCUUCAGGAGGUCUUAAAUGUCAUAGAAGUUUUAUGGGUUCAAGAUUUAUAGAAGUAAUGCAAGGAUCAGAACAACAGUGGAUUGAGUUUGGUGGUAAUGCAGUUAAGGAGGGUGACGUUCUUAGGAGAUCUGAAGAACAUUCUCCACCAAGAGGAAUUAAUGAUAGACAUUUUCGAAAACGGUCUCAUUCAAAAUCUCCCAGAAGAACACGUUCUCGUUCCCCUCUUGGAUUUUAUGUUCACCUAAAAAAUCUGUCCCUCAGUAUUGAUGAAAGAGAUUUAAGAAAUUUCUUUAGAGGUACUGAUCUGACUGAUGAACAGAUUAGGUUUUUAUAUAAAGAUGAAAACAGAACAAGAUAUGCCUUUGUGAUGUUCAAGACUCUGAAAGACUAUAAUACUGCUCUCAGUUUACAUAAAACUGUUUUACAGUAUCGUCCAGUUCAUAUUGAUCCAAUUUCUAGAAAACAAAUGUUGAAGUUCAUUGCACGUUAUGAAAAGAAGAGAUCAGGGUCACUAGAGAGAGAUAGGCCUGGACAUGUUUCACAAAAAUACUCUCAAGAAGGUAACUCUGGCCAGAAGCUGUGCAUCUAUAUAAGAAAUUUUCCAUUUGAUGUUACAAAAGUUGAAGUGCAGAAGUUCUUUGCAGACUUUCUUCUUGCUGAGGAUGACAUUUACUUGCUUUAUGAUGACAAAGGCGUUGGUCUGGGAGAAGCAUUAGUGAAAUUUAAAUCAGAAGAACAGGCCAUGAAAGCUGAACGUUUAAACCGACGAAGAUUCUUAGGGACAGAGGUAUUAUUAAGACUUAUAUCUGAGGCACAAAUGCAGGAGUUUGGUGUAAAUUUUUCCUUGAUGUCCAGUGAAAAAAUGCAAGCUCGCUCAGAGUCACGUGAGCGAGGUGACCAUUCUCAUUUAUUUGACUCAAAAGACCCACCAAUAUACUCAGUUGGUGCCUUUGAAAACUUUAGACAUCAGCUAGAGGACUUGAGGCAACUGGAUAACUUCAAGCAUCCCCAGAGGGAUUUCCGGCAGCCUGACAGGCACCCUCCAGAAGACUUCCGACACUCCUCAGAGGACUUUAGGUUCCCCCCCGAGGACUUCAGGCACUCCCCAGAGGACUUCAGGCGACCUCGGGAGGAAGACUUCAGGCGGCCUUCUGAGGAGGACUUCAGGCGUCCUUGGGAGGAAGAUUUCAGGCGCCCUCCGGAGGAUGACUUCAGGCACCCUAGGGAGGAGGACUGGAGGCGGCCCCUUGAGGAGGAUUGGAGGCGGCCGCCGGAGGAGGAUUUCAGGCGGUCUCCCACGGAGGACUUCAGGCAGCUUCCCGAGGAGGACUUCAGGCAACCCCCUGAGGAGGACUUCAGGUGGCUCCCAGAGGAAGAUUUCAGGCAGCCACCUGAGGAGGACUGGAGACGGCCCCCAGAGGAGGACUUUAGGCGGCCUCUUCAGGGAGAAUGGAGGCGACCACCCGAGGAUGACUUCAGGCGGCCCCCAGAGGAGGAUUUCAGGCAUUCCCCUGAGGAGGACUUCAGGCAGUCACCCCAGGAGCAUUUCCGGAGGCCACCUCAGGAGCAUUUCCGUCGGCCACCCGCAGAGCAUUUCCGGAGACCACCUCCAGAGCAUUUUAGGCGGCCUCCCCCAGAGCACUUCCGGCGGCCACCCCCAGAGCAUUUCAGGCGCCCACCCCCAGAACAUUUCAGGCGCCCACCCCCAGAGCACUUCCGGAGACCGCCCCAGGAGCAUUUCAGGCGGCCGCCUCAGGAGCAUUUCAGGCGCUCCCGAGAGGAAGAUUUCAGGCACCCACCAGAUGAAGACUUCAGGGGCCCUCCUGAUGAAGACUUUAGGCACCCUCCUGAUGAGGACUUCAGGAGCCCCCAGGAGGAAGAUUUUAGAUGCCCUUCUGAUGAGGACUUCAGGCAGCUCCCAGAGGAAGACCUUAGGGAAGCUCCGGAGGAGGACCCUAGACUUCCUGACAAUUUUAGACCUCCUGGUGAGGAUUUUAGGAGCCCGCCUGAUGAUUUUAGAAGUCACCGCCCUUUUGUGAAUUUUGGUCGUCCAGAAGGUGGCAAGUUUGAUUUUGGAAAGCAUAAUAUGGGAAGUUUUCCUGAGGGGAGAUUUAUGCCUGAUCCAAAGAUAAACUGUGGUUCAGGUAGAGUAACUCCUAUUAAGAUAAUGAAUCUUCCAUUUAAAGCUAAUGUUAAUGAAAUUUUAGACUUUUUCCAUGGUUACAGAAUCAUACCUGAUUCAGUUUCAAUACAGUAUAAUGAGCAAGGCUUACCUACAGGGGAAGCCAUUGUUGCUAUGAUAAACUAUAACGAAGCUAUGGCUGCUAUUAAAGAUCUAAACGAUAGGCCAGUUGGGCCCCGAAAAGUUAAGUUAACUUUGCUGUAGAGAGAGAGCAUUUCUAAAUUCAGUUAUCUUCCUUGCAGUAUUGAUGGAGUAAAAUACAUUUGUUUUAAAAAGUGUGUGUUUUUUUAAAUUAUCUAAUGAAAUAUUUUAUUUUUGACCUGUGAAUAGAACAAAUGUAAAUAGUAGAAUGUGAAUCUGGUUUUCUUUUGCUUGCAAAUUGCCAUUAAUUUUUUUUUCUAAUUUAAAAUUACAUAUGCUGUGUUUUCCUUUGAUGGGGAGAAAGAACUAAUUCCCUGAGUUCAUUCAUUUUUGUUGAUGUCAUGGGUAAGCUUCAAGACUUAUUGAAGUAGAGUUGUAUUUGGGGAAGAUACAUUUUAUAUUCACUCCCCCCCCCCCCCCCCCAUUCUGUAGUCUACAUCGUUUACUCAAACUGUAUAAGGAAAUAGUGACUGUUCAGGUUUGGCAUUUUCAUUGCUACUUGCCUGCAGAAUUAAUGCCCUCUUCCUUGUCUGAGAUAUUACUGUGUUAAGUGUCCUGUUAAUUACAAAUAGUUCAAAAUGGACAGACUGUCAACUUGAAAUUUACUUAUGUAAAAAGGUUAGGUGAUUCUUAGGGUUUCCAUGUUCGUAACUUUACAAAGUUUUAUAACAAUAAAAUUGCAACUUAAUAGAACAACUAAUUAACUUGUAUUUGUAUAAAAAGAAAAAAGAAUUGCAGCUUGAUACUGUGAAGUUUUUCAGUAAAUUCAUUAAACCAUAUUUAUGAUGGGAGGGACCAGACAUUCUAUAGUAAUAAUGUAUAGUGCUGUGUAUAAUUCCAUGGUUUCUUCAACAUCUUAUCAACGAAAUACGAUUAAUACAACAUACGCAAAAGACAGUAAAAUAAGAAUCUAAUUAUAGGUGCAAGAGGACUCAGGCUUAUGCUGGGAAGAAUCUGACAAAUGGUAUAGUUUUCCUAGGAAGAAUUUACUGAUGAGUCACAUAACUUGCAUGUAAUAUUAGGUUCUCAUUUUUUAGCUUCAAAACUUUGUGUCCAUGCAAAGACUCCAUAACUGUUAAGACUGGUGUGGUUGAAUUUUGACUUCUUUGAUAUUCAGCAUUUAGUGCAUACAUUUUGCAAAUAGGGAAUUUGAUUUUCUGUACCCAUAAUAAUAUUUAUGGCUAACAUUUAUUAGGCACUUACUAUGUGCUAGGCACUGUAAGCACUUUACAUGCAUAAUCUCAGUAUUCCCUAUGAGUACAGGUUUAAUUAUUUACCUCUAUUUCACAAAUGAGAUAAUGAAGUGGGAGGUUAAGCAACUUGCUUGAAGUCACAGGUAAUAAAUCAUGGGGCCAGUUUUAACCCAGACAGACGACUGACUCCAGUUCAUGCUUUUACUGCCUCACUUUUUUAAGUGGUAUUUUUAAUUAGGAAGACCAUGCUAAAGAUACUUUCAAAGAUAAGUGAUAUAUUUUCUCACUUCGGUUGUUGGUUUAAAAUUAGCAUAAAAAGGUAAAACCAGCAUGCUCAAACAUUGAGCUCAAACAUUAACAUUAAUAAAACCCGAGUGACUUUGAGAUUCUUUCUAUCCAGAGUUUCUCUUGGGAUACGCACAUUGUAUAUUACUGGCUUAUAUUUCACAAUUGCUCAUUUUAUUCAACAUGAUUGAGUCUGGUUGGCCUUUUAUAAUUUUCAUAAAACAUCAUUUUCCUCAGUUCUGUAAUCCAGAUUUUCCCCAUUGAGUAAAUAAGAAUACAAUUGAAUUUGCAUAGGGUAAUUUAGACAUUUAAUAGGAUAUUGCAUAGGUAGAAUACUUUGUCAGUACUUAGUUACUACCUAUAUGUAUUUUUGUGUUACUUCUUAGUGAUUUAAAGAAAUCUAACAAAUCUGCUUAAAUUUGUUUUAAAUAGUGAAUAUCCUGCUCACUAUGGAAUGAAUAAACAGGUAAAUUUGAUACAAAAAUUUGAUUCUAAAGAUUCGCAGUAUGAUUCUUUAAGCUUGUAAGUAGCUAGGAUAACAUUAAAUUGUUUGGAAUAUCCAAACCAAGCACAAUAAAUAAAGUAGAAAGAAAUAUUUUUAAUUGAGCAGAGAUUGUAUAGAUGGUUCAUUUGGUCACCCAUCUUGAAUAUAUGGAAAGUUAAAAAGUACUUCUCAAAUACAAAGGAAUAAAGCUAAGAUGAAGCUUAACGUGAGGAAUUACUUACUGUGGAACUGCUUUUCAAACUAGGCUGAGGUGGGAUGGUGGUGGUAGUUAAGAGGCCAGCUAUAGUAAACAUAAGCUUUGUAGUUUUAUUAUUUUAAGAGCCAGAGUCUUGUUCUGUUGGCCAGGCUGGAGUGCAGUGGUCUGAUAAUGGUUCACUGCAGCUUCUAACUCCUGGGCUCAAGCUGUCUUCCUGCCUCACCCUCCUGAGAGCUGGGACUACAGGUGUGUGCCAUCUUGUCUGGCUAACUUUUUUUUAAUUUGUAGAGACAGGGUCUCACUGUGUUGCCCAGGCUGUUCUCAAAUUUCUGGCCUCCUGGCCUCAAGUAAUCCUCCCUCCUUGGUCUCCCAGAAUGUGUUGGGAUUACAGGUGUGAGCCACUGUGCCCAGCCUUGUAUUUUGAUUUUUAAAUUAUGUGAAUAUUUCAUUUUACUCCAUAAUAUAUCAGGGCUUAAUAUUUUUAAAUUUCAUUAUAAAAUGUUUAUUACAGAAGUGGUGUCUUCUAGUUGGGAGCCAUCUUUGCACAUCUCUCUCCAACUCUGCCUUUAGUGAUAUGUCAAUAACAAAUUGGCCAUGACAGGAGUAUUUUACACCAUGGAAAUUGAUAAAUGCAGCAAAUCAAGGAAUUCCCCUUCCAUUGUCCCCUCAGAGAGCCAGCUUCCCAGCACCUCAUCAAUUUCAAAUAUAAAAAAAGAAUAGUAAAUUUUCAUGUACACAUCACUCAGCUUCAGUAAUUGUCAUCUCAUAGCCAGUUUUUCCUCUGCUGUCCUCAAGGUAUACCAGGUACACUGGAGGUGUAUUCUCUAGUCUGAUAUCCAGUGGCAUUUGUCUUAAACAUUUUUGUCUAGAAAGUAUCUAAAAAAAUGUAGAUCAUGUCUAGAAAAUCAAUCCAACAACCAAGAGAUAGGUAAAAAUCAUAUUAGGAAUGCAUUUCUAUUAAUUUACUGACAUCACUGUUAAGAGCAGUGGUUCUUGAUCCAUAUGUCACCUGUUAAGUACUGACCUUGCUGCCUCUGUUUUUGCAGUAAAUAAUAGCUGUUUUUAUUGAGGUGUAUUAGAUACUAUAUGAUGUAUAAUUAUGUAUGAAUUAACUAUCAUUUAAUUCUGAUAAUCCUAGUAAAUGUACUACAGGUCGAGUAUUCCUGAUCUGGAAAUUUGAAAUUUCAAAUGCUCCGAAAAUUGCAAGCUUUCUGAGUGCCAACAUGAUGCUCAAAGAAAAUGCUCAUUGCAGCAUUUAAGAUUUCAGAUUUUUGGGUUAGGAAUGUUGAACUGGUAUAAUGCAAAUACUCCAAAAUCUGAAGAAAUCCAAAGUCUUAAAUACUUCUGGUCCCAAGCACUUCAGAUAAAAGAUACUCAAUUUGUAUUCCUAUUUUAGAGAUAAGAGAUGGAGACUUACAGGCUGGGUUGCUUGGAUUGAUUGCCUGUUUUUUGUUGUUGUUGCAGUGGGAAGCUAGGAAGGUUUUUUUACAUUUUUAAGUGUACUUAAGUCUUAAAUGGUUACAUAAGUACCUGUAUAAUAGUCUUGAAUUUGCCUCAACCCACAAAGAGUAAAAAUGUUUACUCUCUGGCCCUUUAAGAAGUUUGCCAACCUAGGUCUGGUCUAAAUAAUGAAAAUUUUACAUUAAUGAAAGUAUUUUCAUGGAUAGUAUUCCUUUUGUUCUUAGAAUAUUUCUCUGAGGUAGGCAGAAUGUAUGUUUUAUUCUAGAAUUAUUGGUUUAUGCAGUUUUAACUUUACAAAUAAGGCAAAUAAUGCUCAAGAGAAGUUGCUAUUUAGUAAACAGCAAAAUAAAUAUAAUAACUGUUUUCCCCUGAACUACAACCAAAUUUAAAUACUGAGUGAGGAAGCAGUAAAUAUCCAAUGAUAAUCUUGAGUUUCUUAAUAUCAAUUUAUUUAGGGUUUUAAAAAAAGUACUGAAAUAACUUUGUCACUUAGGACUAUUCUCAGGAAAGAGUGCUUUGUUACGAGCCAUGAAUGACAAAGUCAAAAGCUUUCUAGAAAUCUUUAUUUUUCUGUUAUGAAUAAUUGCAUUUUCUAAUUAUCCCAAAUGAUUUUAUAAAUUCCCUUUUAUAUGCCUGCCUGGGAUCCAUGAAAUAAAAGUAUAAUUCCUUACCAAAAGAGAAGCAUCAGAGACACUGAAAGGCUCCAAUUGUUUUAUAUUUUCAGAAAUAAAAGUGAUUGUAUACCCUUUUAUUAACUGCAUGGUAGCUUGGUAAAAUUUUUAUAGAAUUUUUAAUGAUUUAUGGUGUUCUGUGAUGAGGCAACAUUCCACUAAAUUAGCCUUCCAAAAGUUGCAGUAUCAUGUAUAAGUAUGACAGCAGUUUUGUUUUAAAACCAGAGUCAGAUUGAAUGUGGCUUUUUUUACAGCUGAAAUUUAUGCCUUAUGUGUAUUCAUAACACAUUGAUAUCUUAGUGUCACAUUAUCUUUAUUCUUUGAUUAUACUCUUGAAAAGUAAAUUUACUUAUCAAAUGAUAAAGUUUUAAGGGAAAGUAAAAAAAAAUAUUUUUUCUUAAGGCUUCAUGGAAUAGAAUUACAUGUAAUCAGAAUGACUACAUAGGACCCUUUUCUGGUAAUGAAAGCAUGGAGUCUAACCAAAAAGCUAAGCAGAAUUGUUAGAUCUUUUGGUUUCUGUCAUAAUGUACUAUUGGAACUUCAAGUAGAUAGUACAUUAAUAUGAAAUACUUUGAAAUACACCAUCUUU